AUGACCGUCCCUGGCCUGUUGACUGCGCACAGUUGCGUCGACCAUGUUCAUCUUAUUAUAGGUUGCGGACCUCUUGCUGCUUCCCGCUGCAGUAGAUCUCUCCAAGUCGGCGCCAAACCUGUGCUCAUAGCCCCUGCCAGCGAAGAACUCCAUUAUACGCUUGUCACAGCAAUUGAAGAUGGUCGAAUCUCUUGGGUUCAACGUGAAUUCGAAGAUCAAGACUUAAACACAUUCGGUCGCGAAGAGAUUGGACAUUAUGCCGAUGCGGUGUUUGUCACCUUAUCCCCAGAGAACCCUCAAAGCACCCGGAUUUCAGAUUUGUGCAAGCGACAACGAAUCCCCGUCAACGUCGUGGACGCUCCCAAACUUUGCACUUUCACUCUCUUGUCGACGCACCUCGAUGGACCCUUGCAGAUUGGUAUAACAACUUCAGGAAGUGGGUGUAAGUUGUCCUCGAGGAUACGGCGGGAAUUAGUGUCGGCCCUCCCAUCCAAUUUUGGCCAGGCUGUGGAGAGGUUGGGCUCCCUCCGAAGACAGAUAUGGGAACAAGACCUGAAGCUACAGCAUGAAAACAGCGUCGAAGUGGAGGCAGAAAUGGAAGACGAAGAGUCCGCAGCUCAGAAGCACACCUUCAACAAUCUGGUACGGGAAAACGACUGUGAUCCUGCGGUCCUUAGAACACGGCGCAUGCGGUGGCUGUCCCAGAUUUGCGAAUACUGGCCACUGAGUCGGCUGGCUUCUAUCACGGAUGCGGACAUCUCGACCAUCCUCGAAGCAUACAAGUCAACUGCCCAGCCUCUUUCCCCUUCCCUGCAAAACGGUGGGCCAGCCCUUGCGCUGUCCAAGCCUACCCGGACAGGUUCUAUCACACUUGCAGGCUCUGGACCUGGACAUCCCUCGCUGCUGACUAUCGCCACACAUUCGGCCAUCCAAACUGCGCAUUACAUUCUCGCAGAUAAACUUGUGCCUGCAGAAAUUUUGGCGCUGAUUCCACGUCGAACGCCGGUCCACAUUGCGCGAAAGUUCCCUGGCAACGCCGACGCUGCCCAGGAAGAACUCCUUGAACUCGGCAUGAGAGCGAUGGAACAAGGCAAAGACGUCCUUCGUCUGAAACAAGGUGACCCGUACCUCUACGGUCGAGGAGCCGAGGAAGUGACAUUCUUCCGGGACCGCGGAUACGAAGUCAGGGUCAUCCCAGGGAUCACUAGCGCACUUUCCGCACCAUUGUUCGCAGGUAUUCCGGUCACACACCGGUCUGUGGCAGAUCAAGUAGUGAUCUGCACUGGGACUGGCCGAAAGGGAGCAGCUCCAGAGCCUCCAUCGUAUCGAAAAACCAAGACUGUAGUUUUUUUGAUGGCGCUGCAUCGAUUGGACAGCCUCGUCACAAGCCUGACGCUGGAUGUACAAGGCGAAGGACAAGCGGGAUCGCGCAAACGAGCCUUGUGGCCGCGCGAGACGCCGUGCUCCGUCAUCGAACGGGCGAGUUGUCCAGACCAGCGAGUGAUUCGAUCCACACUACAACAUGUGUGCCAGGCGGUUCAAGAAGAAGGGUCCCGACCACCGGGCCUCUUGGUUGUGGGAAACUCGUGCGAGGUUCUCGAUCGACUCACGGCCGAUCAGAGGUGGAAGGUCCAAGAGGGUUUCCGCGGCAUCGAUGCAAUUGGAACCCCGACAGCGGAAUUAGACAUGUUGAAAGAGUUGGAAAGUCUAACCCAAAAGACGGAGAGGGUAGAUGGUGAUGCAGUUGUAUUGGAAAGGGCAUGA